AUGGAUUUUAAAUCUCGUUUUAAGGGAAAGAUGACUAUAAUGAAUAAAGAUGGAGUAAUAGGUAUGGUAAACAAACCUUCAAUUCCUAUUGCAAAAAAUAACUAAUACUUAACUUCAUCUGAUGAAAUCUCACCAUCCAUUUAGAAACUUGGUCAUAACACUGAAGGAAUAAGGGAAUCCAAAUCUCACAUUUUCACCAAUAUCCAAACAUCACCUAAUUAAGGAAGCUCAACGAAUUAUGCUUAAAAGUUUUCUAAUGCUGGCUCUUAAGUUGUUAAAUAAAAUCAUAUUAAAACAGAACAUCCUUAUUAUUUUGAUGAUCCUAAGAAAUAGUCUAAUUAAUAUUAAUUCAGAAUGCAAUAAGAUUUUAAUUAACUAGAUAUGGAUGAAUAUGAAAUUGUUGCCAUUCCAAAAACUAUGUUAGGUUAACUUCGAUAAUAAAUGAGUGUUGAUAGAUAUGGACUAACAAGAAGCUUUGGUCCUGAGAAAAAAAUACCAGUUGAGUAUUUUAAUUUGUUUAAUUAGGUUCUCUUAACUAUCUCCUUAAAUUACUACUUAAUGUACCAGUUAUAAUUAGACACCUUUACUUAAAAAACAGAAUACGAUUGAUUAAAUACUUAAACCUCCAUUGAAUAAGUAAAAGUCAGAGAAGAUGGAGAAAAAAAAUUAAACUAUUUAAUAAGCAGGUAUUGGAACUUUAAGAUACAAGUAUAUAAAAUACAUAUUUAAACUAGUUCAUAUAGUAAAAGAUGA